AUGAAAAUUGGUAUUGAUGAUGGUGCAACGAUGUCAGAAAAUCCCAAUUCGUGGACUCUUUCAGAAGAUAUUCGUAAAGAACGAGAAAAAAAUAAAAUUAAGGCAAAUACUUUUAAAUUUAAUGCGGACUAUUCGGAAAAUAAUUUUCUUUCUCAUUUGUCUAAUGCAGAUUCUGUUGAAAAAGAAUCGAAAAUUAAUACUGCUGAAAUUCCUAAAACAGGAAGCAUAUUCGGUGGUUUUGGACAUGGUUUAACCGCAAAGCCUUUCUCUGAUUCAUUGAAAAGCAAUUUUAGUGAAGAACAUAAUAAUGAACGUGGGAAGAGCGUCGAAAAUGAAGACGAAGCAACUCGGAAAGAGCGCGAUAAACAAGAAAGAGAUCGACUAUUCUGGCGGAGGGCGGCUAUGCAUUCUUCGGAAUUUUCUCCGAUCACUGCAUCUAACCCACUUUCCAAUGUUGCAAAAUCAAAUCAACUGAAUCAAAGAUUUUCGAGGCCACUGUUAGAAAACAGUGCUUAUAAAAGUCCCUUUGCCGCAGGGUCCUCAAAUUCUCGACCUUCCUGGCCAAGAUUCGGUGAUCCUGUGGCAGAUCCACCUAAACAUAUGGAAUUGGUAGCUUCAGGAAGAUCCUUUUCUCAAGACAGAGAUGGAAAUAAAUGUCUAUGGAAUUUCGAUAAGAAUGAUUUCGAAAAACGUAUGGGUUACAUUUUUGCAGUUUGUUCUAAUAUUCUUCCAUGGUAUCUACAACAUUUACCGCUAUAA